AUGGCUCCAUUGUUUCAAGGAUACUAUAAAUUUUUCUUGCUAUCUUUAUUUAAAGCUGGAUGUAUAACUCAUGACUUAAUUGUGGAGAUCCUCCGUUGCACAAAUCAAUACCCAGUCCAUGAAGAAUGUCUUCUAAGUGUUUGCGGCUCUGAUGAAUUCUUACAAAAUAAUCAUAGUUUGGGCAGCCACGAGAGUCUUCGCAAGGCAACCACUGACAUUCAUCUUCAUCUACACACCACUACAAAUUUGAAGCAAAGUUUGGCUCGAAUGCACGAGGAUGACCAAGGACAGUUCAGUGUGAAUGAGCUGUUAGAAUAUACUUGUGCUUGGAGACUGACUCGGUAA